AUUGCACUUAUCCUCAAGCUCUAUAGCUAUCGCUCCUAACAGUUGCCGUCCGGCUACUUCCAGUUACCAACACCAAGCUUUGCCCAAGGGAUAGCCCGCCACCAUGUCCCAGUUUCAGUAUCGUUGGGUCUUCGAGUAUCCUCACGUGGGCUUGAACAUGGUUUCUGAGUCUCCUCCUAAGCUCCACAAUCUUCAUGAGCCCAGUGAAGGUUCCGACCUCAAGCUAGACCCACACGCCUGUUCUCACGAAAUUGCUUCGGAUACCGACACAGAUGAUGAAGACAGUUUAGUUGACUUGGAAGAUCUGGAACACAACAAUCCUGAAUCCGAUAACAACCAACACAGUGCAGAACGUGGUCGCUGGCAUCCGCAUGCACUUCACUUCCUCGCUCAAGUUCCUCAAAGUGACGCCGACUGGUCCCGCUACCUCUCUAACAACGUCGAUGUCCGCUCCUUGUGCUAUCGUCUCAAGAUACCCUACCUGUUCCCGGGCUUUCAAGCUCACCUCAAUUGGCCACGGUUCUUCAACGAAUGUACCUGGCAUCUUGCCCGGGCUUGCAACAAUCCCCCGCUUGGUUCCCUCUUCUCACUCAUUUUCGUGGCUGCCUGCCAUGUUGCGCUCAUCGAUGGCUGCCCGCGAGAGGAAGUGUACAAUGGCCUGAGGGCUUGUGUGAGACAGUGCGGUAUUUCAGAAGACGAAUUAACGCUACCCAUGUUAGACAGGGUGAGAAAUGGAGUUAUCACAGGCAUCGGAAUACUCAGAGAGUAUAGUAAAGUGGUUGGCUGUCGUGCAAACGAAAUUCCUUUGCAUGGUAAGUUUGAAAGAUUCCAGAUUUUCCCCAUACCAGAACUCUGUCCCUAAGUCUUCUCCAGCACACAAUUGUCUCCAAGUGUUCCAAUGUUGCAACCCUGCCUGCAUCCGCCUCAUUAAAGAGCAGAUGUCAUUAGGCUAUCGGCCGACAACACCCCUCAACUCUGAAUACCUCGAGAUACCCUCUCUGGUUUAUGAAGUGCUUGGGGGGCGGCACUCCAAGUGGGAGUAAGGUCUGUCCGUGUCCUCGCUGACUCUAUCCUCAUGCCUGA